AAGCAGUGAGACAGAGGAGAGUGCAGAGAGCAGUAAGAGACAGAGAAAGACAGCGACACGUCAGCUCUCCAUUGAAACUUCUCUUUUUAAAAAACUUUUUUUUUCCCCGCAAAGGAGAAUGUCGGUGUUUUGUGCACAUGUUGUUCAGCUUGCUUGUGGUGCUGUGCAGCUUCAGACUCAAUGAUGUGACUGAGGCUUGCUCCUGUGCCUUGUCACAUCCCCAGGAUGCCUACUGCAAUUCCGACAUAGUGAUCAGAGCCAAGGUGGUUGGGAAGAAGCUGCUGAAAGACGGCCCAUUUGGAACAAUGCGCUACACUGUCAAACAGAUGAAAAUGUACAAGGGGUUUAAUAAGAUGCAGCAUGUUCAGCACAUCUACACCGACGCGUCUGAGAGCCUGUGCGGCGUGAAGUUCGAGGUGAACAAGUACCAGUACCUCAUCACAGGUGAGCUCAUUCAAGGUGUUCACUGCACGUGCUGAAACUCCUCCCCGAGAUAAAAACAACAGAAUUCCAUGUUUCACAGGGACUAACAAAGCCAGACACCCUUUCCACAGCAACAGUGCAGAGUGCUCUAGCGAUUUCACAGCACUGCAGUCUCAGUACAGAAGUGAAUGAGAACU